GAUAAUGAAAAAUAACUUAUAUACUACAUUUACAUGGCCUGAUAUGAAUUAAGAGUAGACAAACGAAUUUGAUCCAAGUCAAUGGAGUUUAGGAAGAUUUGAAAUAGAUUGUUAUUUAGGUAAUGGUAAAUUUGGAGAAGGAUAUUUGGUGAAGUAAAUAAUUAUAUUUAUUUUAAUUAUGGAGCGUGAAAAACAAUUUAUAUUAGCUUUUAACUAAAUUUAUAUUAAUUGAUGGGUUCAUUUAAUA